CUGCUAAUGACUGCUAAUGAUAGAAAAGUGAAAUAAAUCAUUGUAGAUCGAAGUGGAACAAAUGUUUGAGAACCCACUGAGAAAUGGGAUCAUUCAUCGGACCAACUGUGCAACGUGUUGGAUUAACGUUCGUCGAGUCGAUGUAGAAAUGUCAGAUUGAACGGAGCAAAACAAACAAGACGAUAGACACCUUAUAAAAGAACGAACUCAACUUUGUACAAGAUUUGUGUGAAACGCAAUGCUAUACGAUGACUAAAGGAUUCCUAAUGGUAUUCAUAACCCUCCUGGAGUUGAUUUCCGCAGGAGCAAAUAAUGGCUGUAGUAAAUUGGAUGCUUGCCGAUGUGAGUACCAGGAUGGAAACGGAAUCGAUCUGAGCCAGAUACAAACGAAAUCAGAUCGGUAUAUGACAACAACAGACCCAAAAACUCAGGACCGGUAUUACUUUCAUCCUUGUUGGAAUAUAAAGUAUAUAGAUACAUCGAAUGAAACGGAUUGUGCUAAAGGAAACGGUUAUACGUUGUGCCGAUUUUACAAUGAAAGUCAGAGCUAUCAGAGACUAGGCUCUGUUGAAUCCAGUACUUUCAGUACGCAGGAAGAUGGUGGAAAAUAUUUAGUUUACAAAUCCGAAUCCAGAAUUACCACAAUUCAGCUUUUAUGUUUGAAAUUCGAUAACUCGUACAUCUAUGUUGACCAGGAACACAUUACGAAGGAAGAAAAUCAAACGAAACUACUGCUUUUCUCGCCGUAUGCUUGCAUUACUACAAUCGAAGAGAUCAACCAUUCAAGUGUGGGCCAAGUGUUACUCAUAAUGUUUUUCACUGGCACCUUCACGUACUUCCUGAUUGCCUCCAUUGUUCGCUUCAUGUAUUUCGGCGCACGAGGAAUUGAAGUUAUUCCUAAUCUAGACUUCUGGAAAGAUCUUCCGGGACUAGUGCGGGACGGCGUGAAUUUCCUUCGAGAUGGUUGUCGCGUCGAGCGGUCACCCGAUCCAGAUUCUUACGAUGCCAUCUAGGUAGGAUUGACUCGCGAAAUGAAUUCUGUAAAUUGAUCACUUAAGAUUAAAUUUAGUAAACCGAAUUUUAGUUAAACCAAAAAAAUUCAUGCGAAAUUAUUAAUCGUAUUUCGUGAGUGUGAGUGUCGAAAAACAAUGUUUCUAUUUCCUAGAAACUAAUAAAUGAAUAUAAAAGUGAUGUUAUUGUAUAUAUAAUUCGAUGAUCGGCUACUAUUCUAUUGAGUUGUGAGACUUGUUCAGUCCAAUGUUGGCAAGGGGCAAUUUAAAAUCCUACCCUUAGUUGAUAAACGCAAAGGAUUUUUUUUGCGUGAACACUACCGUUCAUUAUUAUUUAAUUUGUUUUCUACUACUUCACAUUAUUGCCAAGACCAUAAUCUUUCCCGCAUCGAAAGAAAUUUUAGAAAAAAUAAAGAACUAUGCAAUAAUAAUUUGCAAGAAAAAAUGAACAUAGGAAAAACGUCAUUAACAGACCGUUUGUUUUGUUUACCAUUCUUGAUCUGUUUUAUUUUCCUCUUAGUAUUGCUAAAGUCAGGAUAACGAUUUCACAAUGUGACAAAACAGUACCAUAAUUUAAAAUAUUUUAAGUCGGUCGUCAUAGAAUGUGUGAAUCACACUAUUAGAAAACUGUAAAUCUAUAUUUCAGACCAUCUGUAAUCUGCAUGUAACGAACCUUGGUCCCAAAUUUAUCGGAAAAAUCUGUAUAUGUGACAACCGUGGGUAUAAUGCCUCAAACGCUCAGGUCGUGGACCAGCAGCAACAGGAAACUGAAUGUUGGAUUAAAUUUUAAAGGGUGAUUUUUUUGCUGCUAUCUUUCUGGCAACACUAUUUUUGACAGAUCACGCGUGAGUAGUGUCUUGUGUCAUUGGCAGUUUGGUCUAUAAUUUAAUCACGAAUCGUCAUUUGGUCUACAAUAUAAUCAUGAAUGGGCGCUGGCAAAUUUAGGGGAAGAUUCACUUUUUUUUUAGCUACCGAUUCAACUAAAAAAAGUCACAGUUUGGUAUGGACUAUGGGCCGGUUAAAUUAUUCGUGAAAUACUGGCCGAAAUGUUUGAGAGAGUGUGCAAAAAUUGGACCUCACGCAUGGGCAAUCUAAAGCAGAGCCGCGACCAACAUUUGCAUGAAAUUAAACACUAUAUUCUAUUUAUC